AUGGGUGAGCCGCUGCUAUCGUCCAGCCCGUUUCAGGGAUCACAGCCCGCCCGCCUUUGGAUAGGGACGUACGACCUGAACGGGACUAUGGUCGGAGAGCGAGAUGUUGCACAGUUAAGCAAGUGGUUCCUUGCUCAGAAGACCAGAGAGUACGACGUGGUGGUAGUGAGCUUACAGGGAACAAGGACACCAAGAAAAACGUCUCGCGCUUAUUCUGGCCCACUUGAAGCCGUGGUCAAGAAAUGCCUGAAUUUGGUGGCGGAGGAUACCAGCAGCGAAUACUCCCUGUUGAGUUCUUGCCAGGAGUCAGGAACGCAUCUCAUGGUAUUCGUGAAUUCAUCCAUUCCAUUUCGGAUUACCGAGGUUGAAGCAGCAACCGUUGUCCUUCGUCGCAGCACCUUCUCCGAGAAGCGAGGGGCCGUGGGCAUCAGAGCAGCUUUCAACAAAACGACUGUUUGUUUCGUCACCGCAAAGUUCUCCGGUGGAUUUGCCGACUAUGACGAACGGAAUCGUGAAUACGCAACUAUAGCUGAGGGACUACAAUUCGCAACGAAUCUGAGAGGCAUUGAUGACCACGACGCGGUUUUCUGGGCGGGGAAUUUCAACUAUCGUAUUGGACUUAGGUGGGAUGUCGUUAUGGAUCGCAUUAAGAGGGCCGAAGACGAGGGAAGUGAGGAGCUUCGGGUUCUCUACGAUAAUGACCAAAUGGCUGUCCAUAUGCGUGCUGGACUGGCAUUCUCGUACUAUACCGAGGCCGUUGUCCGCUUUGCCCCGACGUCGACUUUCCAGGUGGGCAGUGAUGCAUACCAAACUGAGUCUAUUCCAGCUUGGACCGGGAGGAUCUUGUGUAAGCCGUUGAAAGCCAAGCAGGUGGCGUAUGACAGUGUUGGGGAGGUCCGGAUCAGCGACCAGAGACCAGUCUAUGCCGCGUUCGAGCUUGAAGUUAGCCCCCAGGAGAAGAUUCUGAAUAGGAAACCUGUCCCUCAAACCGAAAAGCAGGCGCAGCCCAGGGUGGAAGAAACCGCCUUGGGGAAAGAUGAUCUUACCCUUCGUAGCCCGCAACCCCCAGCCCCAAAAUCAAGUGUUCCAACAGUACCUUUAGAAGCGUCUAUUAGGGUAGAAACGUGGUCGCGAGACAGAAAUCUUCAGCUUACCCAUGAAUUCCUGCAUGAGAUGCGUAAUGGCAAAUACUGGCAAACCAAAAAACAUCGUCGCCGUGUCCGGGUUGCCAUCCUAGACUCGGGCAUUGACAUGGCCCACCCAGAAAUUGCAACUCGUUCAGAGCGUAUAGUCGACACGUUCUGCCCGAUUCCGGGCCUCGAAGACCAGGGAAAUCAGGACAAAGGCGGCCAUGGCACUCAUAUUGCUCUUCUAUUACUCCAAAUAGCCCCAAUGGUGGACUUGUAUAUAGCCCGGGUAUUCGAGGACGCAAAGGGGAUUACCGACGACUACGUCGGCUGUGCAAUUCUCCACGCAGUGAACGGAUGGCAGGUAGAUGUAAUUCUGAUGUCCUUCGGUUUCAAGUUCUGGGUCCCUAGCAUCUCUCAUACGAUUCGUGUGGCUGCAUUCAACGACGUCCUCAUGUUUGCCGCAGCCUCCAACGAGGGCGCCAACGCUGACAUUGACCUCGCGUAUCCCGCCCGCGAGACCAAUGUCUUUGAUAUUCGUGCCACAGACCACCUGGGCAAUCGGUACAUGUACAACCCGCCAUGGGAUGCAGGUGCGCGUUGGACGUUUGCGACCCUGGGUGAAAAAGUGCUAUCCGCAUGGACUGAGGGCCAAAUGCUGCCAAAGUCCGGCACGUCCAUGGCUGCUGCGAUUGCGGCCGGUACUGGGGCCCUCUUGCUGGAUUUCUCUAGGCUACCUGCAUUGAAAGGACAAGCCCCGAGACACCUAGAACAUGUAGCUUCGUUUGAUGGGAUGAGGCUGCUCCUAGAGGCUUGCAGUUCUAGGACGCCGGAUAACUUGUUAUAUAUUAAGCCGUGGCUUGUUUUCUCGAAGAAGGGCUUUGAUCGGGGUAGAAUAGCCAAUUAUAUAGAUGACGUUCUAGAUGAGCACUUUGGUUAA